ACAUACCCGCAUCGAGAAAAUUAUGACGUUUUGUUAUAUUUAACUCGUAUUUAUCUCUUUUUUCGUUGUCUUAUUUUUAGAAACUUCGUGACUUCGAUUCAUAAUAUUAAUUAAUAAAGUAUAUAGUCUUACAAUAUAAUAAAAUUAAGUAUAAUUUAUGGGACGAUGAGAAUAAUAUAUAUUUAGGUCAUUAAUUGAGUGUCAGUCAGUACUUGAUAUUUUUGGAAAAGUGUUUUUGUCAAAAUGCGGGAAUUUACGCGAAGACAGUGGUUGACAGUGGUGGUGAUUUCGGUUGCUGAUUUUUGUAAUGCAAUAUGCGUCGCACUUCAAGCUCCAUUUUUUCCACAAGAGGCUGAAAAGAAAGGCUGUACUGCUACAGAGUAUGGGCUUGUUUUCGGAGUGUUCGAACUGGCGGUUUUUAUUAUCAGCCCUUUCUACGGAGCUCAUCUGAAUAAGCUGGGGCCUAAGUUAGUCUUCAACGCGGGGAUAUUGACCACAUCAACAUGUGCCAUUUUAUUUGGAUUACUAGACAAAGUAGACGGCCACAUACCGUUCGUGACAUUGGCGUUCACGAUCCGGAUCAUCGAAGCGAUGGGGAACGCGGCCUUUCUCACCGCGUCCUUCGCCAUUAUCGCCAAGGAGUUCCCCAACAACGUCGCCAGUAUGUUUGCAUCCUUGGAAACGUUCUUCGGUCUAGGUCUGAUAGUUGGCCCAAUGCUGGGAGGAGCCUUAUACGACUGGGGAGGUUAUUCUCUACCCUUUGCAGUACUCGGUUUCACUCUCUUCCUUACUGCCAUUCUGUGCUACCUCACGCUGCCGAAAACGUUUGAUGACGAGGAUGUAAAACCCACUGGGCCAACAAUGAUGUCGUUGCUGAGGAUUCCUGGAGUAUUGUUAGCUGCAAUCAGUAUCAUUUGCACGAGUAUGAGUAUCGGAUUUCUGCAGGCGACAUUGGAACCACAUUUACGAGAGUUCCAUUUCUCUCCAGUAAUUGUGGGCGUGAUCUUCAUAAUCAACGGUGGUAUAUACGCGAUCUCGGCGCCCGCGUGGGGGUGGCUAUGCGACCACCCUUACAUCAAGCCGAAGUAUAUCACUGUGAUUGGUCACAUGUUCGUAGUCGGCGCUUUCUUGCUUGUUGGCCCAGCGCCUUUUAUAGAUGUAGCUCCCUACCAAACAACAAUGUUGUGGCUAAUAAUAGGCGGACUGGUGUUACACGGUCUUGGAAUAGGGAGUCUGCUAGUAUCUUCUUUUUCUGAUGCACUUGGUACUGCUAUCUCCAGUGGAUUACCAAAUUCUAUUGAAACCUACGGCCUGGUGUCUGGUAUGUGGACGUCUACCUUCGCGCUGGGUGCUUUCAUCGGCCCCACUGUGUCGGGCUUGCUCUUUCAAUACAUCAUGUUCCGGCAUUCCACCUAUUUCAUCGUUAUUCUACAUUUUUGCGUGAUGGGGGUAGUUCUUCUGUUCCUAUGCACGUGUGACCGCUACAAGAUGGAGGUGUCUGUAUCUGCGGGAGACCUCAUGCAAACGGACGGCACUCUUGACGAGAGCGUGCUGAUUGGAGAUAAAUACAUCGUGCCUCUCAUUAGAACUAAGAGCCGCCGAUACGGUAUAAGCGUGGAACAAUCGAGGCCGCCAGCCAUGAACAGCCUGAUCGCUUGCUCCAGCUACAAGAACCGUCGCAGCCCCUGGAGCCAGCGCACGCCCCGCUACCGACCAUCCUACGGCAGCCUGGAUCAUCGCUUCCGGGCCUCACUCUCCGUAACAUAGUAGCAUGAGAAUAUAUCGUCAUUAUUAUACUAAAUUUAAGCGUAGCUUUUAACUGUAUGUAAUACUGAUUCAAUUGGGUACAAUUUACAACCAAAGAGACUAAUGUGAAAUAGGUGCAACGUGAUAAAAAGGUAAUAUAUUUAACAGUUUAUGUAUUUAUGUUAUAACUUUUCACUGCAGCGUAGCGUAUUGGGCCGAUUUUGAUCAUCAGAUUUAUGGUUAACACUCAAUAUGUUUUAUAACAAGAUUUACCUAAUGUUAAAAAUCAAUAUGGCGGUUUUAAUAUGGAAAACUUAUUAAUACAAGUGGCUUUUAAAUUUUGAGCAAUUGUUUAUACGAAGUUUAUGACUUAGUUAUCUUGCAAUGGGGCGUAUAUGGGCCCUUUUGGAUACAGAAAAUUUGUAAAACAGUUCACACAGUUUUUUUUUUCUCAUACGCUAAUGUUUUGUGUUUUGUGUCAUCUGUCAAAUGACUAAAGACAGACGGAGAGAAAACAUUGUACAUCUUGUCACCAGCAGUACAAUAUUUAUUAUGAAGGCAUAUUAGAAGCAUACUGAUUAUAUAUAUUUUUUUAUUAAAUGUAUAUAUUUUCCACUUCUACACAUAUGAAGCAACUGAUUACACGUUAUUAUUUUAAUUAUGAGUGAUUAAAUAUGUUUACUACUUGAUCUAAGGACAUUGUAUAAUUAUUGAUUCUCUUUAAAAUAUGUAACAAAUAUAUUGUGCAAUUGAAGUUAGUUAUUUGA